UUGCAGCUGUCAACGGCUCAAACGAGGUGAGGACCGAAAUGGCGGCGUUCUACCUGGCUGUUCUGUUGAUCGCGCUCACUCCCUGUGGAGCGGUGGACGACAACGUCCGUUUUGACUGUUACCCUGAAGACGGUGCCACGGAACAGCUGUGUCUAGAUAGGGGGUGUGCUUGGGAGGAGACACAGAACCCCAAGGCACCAAAAUGCUUCUAUUGGGACCCUUAUGGAUAUCGGGUGGAGGGCAACGUCCAAGACACGGUCCUCGGGAGUAGAGCUACCCUCCGCCGCCUGAAUACGCCUGCUCGGUACGCUAACUCCGCAGACGUGGACCCCGUGACUCUGGAUUAUGAAAUGCAUACAGCCAAACGACUGAGAUUGAAGUUCUACGAUAGCAACACUCAAAGGUUCGAAGUGCGAGACAAGAUGCCCCACAUCCCAGAAGCAACGGGAAAAGCGCCCUCUCCCGAAUAUACCGUGAACAUCACGCCACCCAGUCCGACAACGCCCUUCUCCCUCAGUGUUACUAGGACGGCGACAGGAACUGUGCUUUGGGACACUUCAGUUGGCGGGUUCACCUUCUCGGACCAGUUCCUCCAGAUCUCCACCAAACUACCGUCUACAUACGUGUACGGGUUCGGGGAGCACGAGCGAAAUAACUACCGCCACAACAUGGACUGGCGCACGUGGGGCAUGUUUACAAGGGACGAGGCGCCCGGACCGCCCUCGGACGGUGUAAACAAAAACUUGUACGGCAUGCACCCGUUCUACCUGUGCGUGGAGGAUGAUGGGAAGGCUCAUGGCGUCCUGCUGCUCAACUCUAACGCAAUGGAGGUUGUCCUCCAGCCCACCCCAGCCAUGACGUUCCGAACUAUCGGCGGUGUUCUGGACUUCUACAUGUUCCUGGGUGACGGACCUGAGGACGUGGUGCGGCAGUACACAGAGUUCGUUGGCCGCCCGUUCAUGCCGCCGUACUGGGGUCUGGGGUUCCAGCUGUGUAAGUGGGGCUACGGGAACCUGUCUGUCGUCAGGGACGUCGUCAAGGAGAUGCAAGACUAUGGCAUUCCGCACGACGUACAGUACGGUGAUAUUGACUACAUGGAACGUCAGAUGGACUUCACCAUUGAUCCCGUCAACUACCAGGGGCUUCCCGAGUUCGUGGACCAAAUCAGACGUGACGGGAUGCGUUACGUCAUCAUUCUGGAUCCCGCCAUAACGACUAACGAGACAGAACCCUACGCUCCCUACACUAACGGCACUGCGCUGGACGUGUGGAUCAAGGAUGGAGACGACAAUUCACAGCCGCUCAUUGGGAAGGUGUGGCCGUACUAUCCAGAUGUUACGGUUGAUCCGACUCAGGAGUGGGACUAUAAAGUCGAGCACUAUAACGCCUACUCCGUGUUUCCGGACUAUUUUCACGCCGAUAUCGACCAAUGGUGGGGCAACUUCAUUAAGGACUUCUACAAGACUCUCAAGUUCGACGGGCUCUGGAUCGACAUGAAUGAGCCGACUAAUUUUGUCCACGGAUCGGUGAAAAGUUGCUCCAACAACAAGUACGACAACCCGCCGUAUAUGCCAAAGAUUCUGGGCCCCAACAUAUACUCCAAGACCCUCUGUAUGAAUUCCGUGCACGGCGGAACUGAACACUACAACACACACAGUCUGUACGGAUGGAGCCAGGCCGAGCCAACACAGAGGGCCCUCCGGGAAGUGACCGGGAAACGCGGGAUCGUGUUCGGCCGCUCCACCUUCCCCAGCGCCGGGCACUUCGAGGGGCACUGGCUCGGCGACAACACGGCUAAAUGGGACCAUCUACACAAGUCCAUUAUAGGAAUGUUGGACUUUGGCCUUUUCGGUAUGCCCUACGUUGGCGCAGACAUCUGUGGGUUCUGGGACGACUCGACCCCUGAACUUUGUCAUCGCUGGAUGCAGCUAGGCGCGUUCUAUCCCUUCAGCCGGAACCACAACUGGGAACAAGGCGCGCCUCAGCACCCGACCCACUGGGACGGAGCCAUAGCUGACGCGGCCCGGGACGCCCUGCAGACCCGGUACACGCUCCUGCCGUACCUCUACACACUCUUCUACCAGGCACACACCCAGGGGUCAACGGUCGUGCGGUCACUCAUGCACGAGUUUAUUGAGGACAAACUUACGUGGUCAAUCGACAAACAGUUCCUGUGGGGGGCCGCCCUUCUUAUCUCACCUGUACUAGAUCAGGGAGCGAUGGACGUCAACGCUUACUUUCCCAAGGGAAGGUGGUACAACUAUUAUUCGGUGAACUCUGACCACCAGGGUCGGGAGGUGGCCGAUGCCGGGCAGGGUAGGAGUCUCUCCCUCCCGUGUGACAUGGAUUGUAUCCCCGUACACAUCCGUGGUGGCCACGUCAUACCUACACAGGGACAUGCCAACACUACCGUGUUCAGUCGAAGGAACACACUAGGCCUGAUCGUGGCUCUAGACGAGGCAGGAGAGGCUUCUGGUAGCCUGUUCUGGGACGAUGGGGAGGAUAUAGACACCAUCGGCAGCAACAGUUACAGGAUGAUCACCUUCCGUGUGUCGGCGAUGACCCUUGACAUCACCGUGGAAAGUAACGGCUACACGCCUGACCCUGAACUGCAGUACGAGACCAUCCAGGUGUUCGGGUCUCCCGCCAUGCCUUCUGACGUCACAGUGAACGGACAGAACGUCGCGUCGGACAACAUCGUCAGGAAAACUGCGGACAAGGUGUGGCACCUGGAAGGCCUGUCCCUAUCCAUGGGAGAGAACCACAAGAUCACGUGGACUAUUCCUGACGACACUUCCGGUGCCGAGGUCUCCCGUGCCCGCCCAUUGGCUCUCGUCAUAGCGGCCAUAGCUGUGGUUUUGGCCACCGUCAACGGUCAUUUCCUCUCGUAGAGGACAAGCAGUCUCAUACGCUUUUGUUGAAGAUCUUGAAUUUACUUACUAGAUUAGGUUAAAGCUUUUGGCGAUAUGCUUCCAUAUAUUUUUGCAGAUUUACUUUUUCUACGUGAGAAAUCAAAGAAAAAUCAUAUAUAAUACACGCUACAUCAUUUUAUGUUUAUGAAAAUUUGUCUUUAUCAUAAAUCACAUUUGAAUGUGUUUUAAGAUUGAAAUUUAAUUCCAACACAAAGGUUUAUACGGAUUAAAUUUUCAAUGACCGCUGUCGCCUUCUUCAUACAUGUAUUCGUCUUAUAAGCAACAAAUACGAUUGCUUUUCAAGUCUAUUAAAAAGCGUGUCAUCUGAUCAUUUAGCUUGAGUUCUUCAUUAGAUCUUUUCUUUGAUGACUAUGAUUAAAUGCUCAAAGCGGUGUCGUCAAUUUUGCCAUCAAACACUUCAAUAGGAAAUAUUGUAGAUUUCACAUUACUUUUAUAUGAUGAUGUACAUUAUUCCAUUACAUUCGUUGCGUUGAAAUUCUUUUGCUUUAACAAAUAAAGAAGUUUCGCUCUUUAGUACAAUUA